CCAUAGUUUCAUGAGCUAUUCAAUAGUCAUAUAACACUCCCACUUCUCUUCUUAACUCUCUCCAAUCUCAAGUCUCUCCCAAACAUGAAGCUUAUCCCGGUACUAUUCCUAUUCCUAGUACUUGGUCUGGAAAUAACUUCCCAAAUUAUCCUUUCUUCUUCUUCUUGGCCUCUUUCUCUUUUCCUCUCUAUAUUUGCUAUCUCCCUCAACUAUUGGUUCGUCCCAGGGGGUUUUGCAUGGAGAAAUUACGGUUAUGGUAACAAUAUCAAUGUCUCUGGCCCAAUGGGCUGGCCCAUAUUGGGGUCUUUGCCUCAAAUGGGCUCUCUAGCCCACCGUAAACUUGCUACAAUGGCUGCUUCGCUAAAUGCAAAACGGCUCAUGGUGAUUAGCUUAGGAGCCAACCCAGUCAUCAUUGCAAGCCAUCCGGAGACAGCUCAAGAAAUCCUAUGUAGCUUGGCGUUCUCAGACCGACCUAUCAAAGAAUCGGCUCGCCUGCUCAUGUUCGAGCGUGCCAUUGGAUUUGCUCCAAAUGGUGAGUAUUGGCGCCAACUUCGUAAGAUCACAGCGGUCCAUUUGUUCUGUCCGAAGAGAAUCUCAGGGCAGGAAGGAAUCCGGCGACAAGUGGUGGAGGAAAUGAUGAAAAAAGUGUGGAAAGAAAUGGAAGAGAAAGGGGUGGUGCAAGUGAGGGAAAUAUUCCAAGAAGGGUCACUUGGGAAUAUAUUGGAGGGCGUCUUUGGUAAUUGCACGAGUUCAAAGAGAGAGGAGCUAGGCCAUAUGGUUAAGGAAGGGUAUGAACUAAUUGUCCAGUUCAAUUGGGAAGACUAUUUUCCAUUUAAAUUUAUGGACUUUGGUAGAGUGAAAAGAAAGUGCCAAAAGUUGGCAGGUAAGGUUACUCGGGUUGUGGGUCAAAUGGUAGAAGAACGAAAAACAAGUGCAAAAUUGAAUGGAGAAGAAGAUAAUGAUUUUCUCGGAGCUCUCUUGUCUUUGCCCAAAGAGGAGAGGCUAAGUGAUUCAGAUAUAGUAGCUAUUUUGUGGGAAAUGAUGUUUCGAGGAACAGACACAAUUGCGAUCCUUCUUGAGUGGAUUAUGACUAGGAUGGUUUUACACCAAGAUAUCCAAACAAAAGCCCGUCAAGAAAUUGAUGAGCGUGUUGGGCAACGCAAUCGUGUGCGAGAUAUUGACAUCUCAAACCUUCCCUACCUCCAAUCCAUUGUGAAGGAAGUUCUCAGGCUUCACCCACCGGGCCCACUUCUCUCGUGGGCGCGGCUUGCUGUCCACGAUGUUCAUAUCGGCAAGUUCCACGUGCCAGCCGGCACCACGGCAAUGGUUAACAUGUGGGCCAUAACACAUGACCCGUGUGUUUGGGAGGACCCGUGGGUCUUUAAACCCGAACGGUUCACGAAAGAUGACGUGUCCAUCAUGGGCUCGAACUUAAGGCUCGCACCAUUUGGUGCCGGGAGACGGGUUUGCCCAGGAAGAGCACUAGGCCUAGCCACGGUUCAUCUCUGGCUCGCACAGCUUCUUCAUCAGUUCGUGUGGCUUUCAAUAGAACCUGUGGAUCUUUCAGAAUGUCUCAAGCUUUCACUUGAACUGAAGAAACCUCUCAAGUGCAAACUUGUUCCUAGAUUCAACGCUACUUCCUAAGCUGCCUGAACUUAUUAUAUGAAUUGUUUAAUGAAGAGUAUGUUCACCCACAAUAAAAAUAACGUAUGUUCAAUCCUUUUAUAUAGUAGUAAUUAAAUAUAAAAUGCAUAUCAAGUCUCUUUAUUUAUGAGUUUCGAAGAGUGAGUCAUUCUAGUACUCCUGUAAUAUAUGAGACUCACAUAAUUUGGUGCAUGAGACUUGUGUUGAUAUUCUCCAUAAAAA